AUGACAGAUAAUAAGGAGGAGAAUCCACCCACUGUGGAGACAGAAGAAACGUCAGCCUCUGAUUCCCUAAUGGCAGAUCUGACUUGCAAGGCUGGUAACAAAACAUGUACCAGUUUAGGAGCAGUUGGGAGUGCUUCAGGAGUCAUGCUUUGUGAUAUUUGCUGCAGUGAACCUGGUUUCUGCCGAGAUUGUUGUUGUAUUCUUUGUUGUAAGACCGUAAGUUCAUCUUAUGGUGGGUAUAGUUAUAUUAGGUGCCAAGCAUUACUAAAUGGCUAUGCUUGUGGUCAUGUUGCCCAUUUAAACUGUGGUCUCCGGGCUUAUAUGGCUGGUACAGUUGGGGGGACUAUUGGUUUGGAUGCAGAGUACUAUUGCAGGCGUUGUGAUUCAAGGUUGGAUCUUGUUUCACAUGUCAAAAAACUUCUAAAGACCUGUGAAUCUGUCGACUCUCGGGAUGACAUUGAAAUGAUUCUGAGUGUUGGCAUAUCUAUUCUGCGUGACUCUCGGAGAGCUAGUGCGAAACAGUUGUUGGAUCAGAUCUCAUUGGCAAUGUCAAAGCUCAGAAAGGGUGCAGACCUUGAAGAUGUCUGGAAGAAGGAAGAAAUAGUUGAAGUUACAGAAGAGAAUGGAGCUUUGGAACUUGAGAAUCACAAGGAUCCUCCUGCAAACAGAUUCCUACAGCCACUUUUAUCUUCGAAGUUUGAUCAUCGAGUGGAAACUCUGGUACUGGAGGACGAAAUCGAUCAGAUUCUAAUGGCAUUAAAGAAGUCGCAGGAGUCUGAAUACAGACUUGCAGAGGAAGCCCUUUCUGUCCAGAAGAACUGCAUUCAAGAUUUGUAUCAACAGCUUGACCAUGAGAGAUCCACACUUUCACAGCGUGCGCCCUCUCCUGAUGCAGAUUCCGUACUUGAUUCCUUCCUUAGCAAGGUGGACCAUUUGAAACAAGAGAUAAGGAAAUUCAAGGACAUGAAAGAAGUGGCAAAGAGAUUUGGAAGAACUCCCAAACAUAUUCUCAAGGAUCACUUUAAAUUGGAAACUGAAAAUUGA